AUGUCCAAGACUUAUUUUAUUUCAGGUGGUAACAGAGGCAUUGGCUUCUCGCUUGUGAGAGAGAUUAGUGGCCACUCGUCGAACACCGUGGUUGCUACCGCCCGAGACAUCAACACGGCAACAGAGCUCAAGAAGUGGUCUGAGGCUCACUCCAAUGUCAAGAUUGUACAAUUGGACGUUUCGUCUGCCGAAAGCGUGAAAAAAGCUGCGGCCGAAACCGAGCGUAUUCUUCCAGAAGGACUUGACGUUUUGAUUUCGAACGCCGGCAUUGCUAACCCUAACAACAGUACCUUGGAAUCUUCAGACGAGUUGUUCCUCGAGCAUUUCAACGUGAAUACUCUGGGUCCAAUCCGGCUAAUUAGAGCUCUAAAACCCUUGCUGGACAAGAAGAGCUCCAAGGAAAUUGCUGUGGUGUCUUCUAUUGCUGGUUCCGUGACUAUAACUAUGCCCCUUUCCGUCUCUGCCUACGGUGUGUCUAAGGCUGCAAUCAAUUAUCUGAUCAGACAACUGGACCGCGAAAUGUCUCCAGAAGGCUACAGCGUCGUCUUGAUUCAUCCUGGUAUGGUUAGCAGCGACAUGGGAAAUAAAGCUUUAGAGAAAAUGGAUGCAGAAUUUUUGAAGCAGGUGCUGGAAACGAUGAACAUCACGGUCAUCACGCCGGAUGAGUCUGCCUCUGGUAUUAACAAGAACAUUUUGCAUGAUUUGAAAACUAAACACUCUGGCAAGUUUUUGAGUUACGAUGGUUCCGAAGCUCCCUGGUGA